GGCGCUUCGACUCCUAUGACACCAUUCUCCAACAUCUCUCUUCUUUCUCACGACUGCGAGCUCGUUCUUGGGUACUCGUUCCUGGGUAAAUAUACGCCCGUCCUUGUAUCUGCAGUGUUAACUGCACCGUCCUUCAUUCUUGCCCUCGAUUACCGUUCGAAACCAUGAAGCUCUCAUCGUCCGCCGCCGCUCUGCUCUUGGCCCCGUUGGCUGUGACCGCUACACCCGCUUCGUUCUUUGGAUCUGGGCAGGAUGUUAUAGCACAGGAUUUUCCUGUCGACGGCGAUAACCCGCUGGAGUUCUGCACAGAACCGAGUAGCAACCUGCUCGAUAUCAAAUCCGUGGAUUUAGCUCCAAACCCUCCAAAGCCUGGUCAAACUCUUAAGAUAAAGGCCGAGGGUGUUCUGCAUGAACGAGUUGAAAAGGGCGCAUAUGUUCUUCUGGAAGUCAAGUACGGGUUGAUCACCCUUCUUAGGCAAAGACCCGACCUCUGUGAUCAGAUCGUCAAUGUGAACCUAGAGUGUCCGUUGGAGGAAGGUCCCCUAGUCCUUACCAGGGAGGUUGAUUUGCCGGCUCAGAUUCCUCCAGGUAAAUACACUGUCCAUGCGGACGUCUACGACAAGAACGACAAGAGGAUCACCUGCCUGGAUGCCAAGAACAUUCAGUUCUAA